AUAUUGCUGCAGUAUAAAAUAGUAUAAUAUAGGUAUACCUAUUAUCAAGGCUGGACAUUAAUGAGUUAAAAAUUAAAAUGAAUUUAAAACGUUAAGUUGAUAUUAACUAAUUUGAGUAACCCGUUACUUUUUUUUAAACUAACUUUUAACAUAUUUAACGUGGUAACUUAGUUAAUUGUAUACAGAUUUAUAAAAAUUAGUUUAAAUUUAAAAUUGUAUACAACCCAUUAAUUUAUUACUUUGUUGGCUUGGGAACUAUUAGAUAUCACAGAGGUUCUCUAUGCCUCAUCGGGUAUAUUAACUUAACUUAACGAGUUAAAAAAAUCGUUAAUUUACCCAGCCUUGCCAAUUAUAAUAUUCAUAUUGUAGCAAUGUAGUUGGAUAAUUUCAUACAAAACACUGAUGUCCAAAUUAUUAUAGGACUUACUGUAAUAGUAUACUUUUUGAAUUAUGGAUUCAUACACUCAAGAUAUAAUGAAACAAUGGGGUUUUUCAACUGAAAUAAUAACAAUAUUUAAAGAUCAAGAAAUAGAUCAAGUAGCACUAUUGAAUCUUACUGAGACUAUGAUAAUAGAGUUGUUGCCUAAAAUUGGUCAACGAUCUAGAUUUUUAAAACAUUUAGAAGAUUUAAAAAUACAAAAAAAUGUUUCUGUUGAUUCUAAAAAGAAACAUCAUAUAAUUGACUGGGAUAAUUUAGAAAUAGAGUUAGCUCCGAUGGAUAGCUUUGAAGAUGUUAAUUCUACAGAUAACAUAGUAUGUGAUACAAUACCUGACAAUUGUAAUACUGCAGUCCAAGAAUUCAAAGAUCAUUGUGUUCCAACUGCAGAAUGCUCCUAUACAACUACUAAAAACAAUGAUAAUUCUUUGGCACAACAGAUAAAAACUAUUUUAUCAAAAUACCAAGAUGGAGAGUUUGUAUUAGAUUAUUACAAACUUAAAUCACAUUUCAAUGAGGCCAUGCGAAAUAAACUAGUUUCUGUAAUAAUAAAAGAUCAAAUUCGCUCCCAAGUCAUUUUAAAUAGAUCAAGGCUUAUAAUUUUAGCAAAAGGCAUUGAAGAAUUAUUUCCUUCUGAGACUGAGGAAACUUACUUCAUACCGUACUGUAAAGAGGGUAAUAUAAUAAGUCCCAAUAGAGGUAAACUAUAUGGAAAAUUUUGUAAUAUUAAAAAGGAAAUCAGCAAGAUAAGUAAUGUAAAGAAAAGGCAUCUAUCAGAGUCUGAUCAAGAAAUAAAUUUGAAUCAUGAAGAUUAUAAAGACUCAUUAACCUGGCUCAAAAACAAUAUAGAACCAGACAUUACUCUUCAUAAACUCUGGAAAGCAACAGCAUCAUAUCGAUUAAAAGACACAAAUAAUAAUAUGAUGAAUACAUAUAUAGCCCUUACCAAACCUACUGGUCAUAUUUUAAUUGAUAUAGAUUUUAAUUAUAUGUAUGCUGGAAAACAAAUGAGUUUAUUUGACAAAUUUCCUAUUUUCAAGGAAAAAUUAAAAAUAUAUUUGGAAAUUAAACAAAUUAAUAUCAGCAAAAAUCUUAUUGCCAAACUAACUGAUCCGCAUAGACCUGGUGACGACGAUAUUGCCGUGUUUGAAAUUCUACCAUAUUUGUUUCCGCCUGUCAGUAUUAUUGUUCUAAAGCCACCGAAUAAUACCCGUUGUACUAUCAGGGCAUCAAAGAUAGAACAAGCAGCUGCAUUUAUUUCAAAUGUUACGAAUGCUAAUGAAUUGAAAAAAGUACAAUCCGAUAAAAUCAAUAAGGCAUUUUCAUUAGGCUUAACUGUACAGCCAUUUGUGGUUUUUGUUGGUGAAAGUGAUUUGGAUGAAAACAUUUCAAAUAAUCCACUAUCUUACUAUACAGUUAUCAACAACACAUAUUUCAAGGUGGAAACAAUUUUAAAAGCAUUUGAUGUAUGCUUCAAAAGCUUCCAUACACUCAGUUUGAAGUAUCCCUUUGAAGCAGAGCAGGUAUGGAGAUUUAUACAGGAAUAUUUUUAUAAAAUUCCAGAUAAUAGAGGAGAAAAAAAAUUUUUAAGUGUUAAAACUUUAAUUAAAGAUUUAGAUAACAUGUAAGACAAUAAUUUUA